AUGAGUGCUAUGGGGAGGUCCAUACUUCGACGUCGAGAAAUUCAGUGUGGCAUAGGACGUCUCUGUGUUCUAAACUCAGUUGCUGCUCCGGUACCUCACAGGUCCCUGGGUAGCCCUGAGGCCCCGCGUUCAAGAUAUGGAAGCACGCUCGCACUCGCGGAAUCUAACGAAAUCCAAUCAUUGCAAGAUUCUAAUGAUGUCAUAACCGGAACGAUUGGGAACAAAACUCUCAAAGUAGCGAAGAGGAACCACCAAGAAAGCACCACAUGUACAAAAAAGGAUGAGGUGGAGCAUCCACCGGAUCGCACUUUUGAAGAGAUGGUGGUACUAUUCCGUGAAAUUGAAGCCUCUUUCCCAAAAAACCUCGGGGAGGAUAGAUGGUACCUUGUUCUUAUAGCAACCCUAACAUAUGCGUCUGACCCUGCCCAUGUUGCCGACCUUUAUUCCUACUUAAUAUCUCAGCCUAAGUAUUCAACGAGCGAAUCAAGAAAAGCACUGAUGAGACGAAUCCGUGAAGCCCUAGUGAAGCUUGUCUGCCUUAUUGGUGUAUGUAAACCAAUCACUGCUAUAUUUAGAAUUGACGACGUUGAAAAGGAUGAAGAUCGAGAUUAUACCUUUAGCAGGGACGGAUGGCAAGCGGAUGAGAAAAAUUUAGAGCGAGGAAAGGAGUUCUUGGGUAAAAUCUAUAGGCAUAAUAUGCCACGAAACGAUGAGAAAUUUAUCGCCCAUAAAGAUUUCGCGGCAAAUCCACUAUACACUCAAUCCUAUGGUGUCAAAUGCCCGCACAAUGCGGCCUGCGCUUAUUCUGCCUCCUAUGUCGGAUGCGUUGGUACAUCAACAUCGUCGGGGACCACCUCGGUGACGCCGACGACGAGACCGGUGCCUACAACUUGUAUCGCUUUUGAGGAUGUGGCAGCUUCCCUUUUAACCAGAACUGAUAUCUCACCUCAGACUCUUCUUUGCACGGGACCUUACGUGCUCUGUCAAACCUUUACCCUAGUGCAAAGUGAGAAUACUUUUACUGGGUUUACCUGCCGUGCUUCCACAGUACCUAGUGCCACUGCUACCGGGGGUUCUUGGGGAACGUACCCCCCUACCAGUAUUCCGACACCCAUCGAUCAGCUUUAUCACAUUGCCAAAGCUCCAUAUACCGAGACGGCAAGUUCGACCUCUACGGGGCCGGCAGUGACUUCUCCGUCCUCAGCAUUUCAGGUCCACCCAGGAAUGGACAUAUUAUCUAUUCCAGUCCUCUUGUUCUUCUUCCUCUUGUUCAAAGCCCUUUGA